AGUCGUCGGAGUCGGGGCGGCCGCGAUCCGCCGCCGGCCCGCCACGGCCGGGUCUGCACUCAGUGGCCCAGCCAGGAGAGCCGCUAGCCCCGGGCAGCGAGAUCGUCCAAGGAACCGCGGCGCCCAGCAAGCGCUCAAGUGAGUGACCGCGACUUUGCCAAGCGGGGUAGCGCGAGCGAACCGACCGGGCCGGGUGCCUGGGGCGUCUUAACCCCGGGUUCCCUGGAGCGAGCUGUUGAGGAGGGACGCGAGGGGGAGACAGUCCGGGGGUGCGCGCACUCCACGAGAAACUUUCCGUGCCCAAGGCCGCGGGAGGCGCGGGUGUCUCCCGCUCGCCCCAGCGCUGUUGCGGCCCCGAAACUUCUGCGCGCAGCUCAAACAAACCCCACGUGAAGGGACGGACUGUUCUAUGACUGCAAAGAUGGAAACGACCUUCUAUGACGAUGCCCUCAACGCCUCCUUCCUCCAGUCCGACAGCGGCGCCUACGGCUACAGUAACCCCAAGAUCCUGAAACAGAGCAUGACCCUGAACCUGGCCGACCCGGUGGGCAGCCUGAAGCCGCACCUCCGCGCCAAGAACUCGGACCUCCUCACCUCGCCCGACGUGGGGCUGCUCAAGUUGGCGUCGCCUGAGCUGGAACGCCUAAUAAUCCAGUCCAGCAACGGGCACAUCACCACCACGCCGACCCCUACCCAAUUCCUGUGCCCCAAGAACGUGACGGACGAGCAGGAGGGCUUCGCCGAGGGCUUCGUGCGCGCCCUGGCCGAACUGCACAGCCAGAACACGCUGCCCAGCGUCACGUCCGCGGCGCAGCCGGUCAGCGGGGCGGGCCUGGUGGCCCCGGCCGUGGCUUCCGUGGCGGGCGGCAGCGGCGGAGGCUUCAGCGCCAGCCUACACAGCGAACCGCCCGUCUACGCCAACCUCAGCAACUUCAACCCCGGCGCGCUGAGCAGCGGCGGCGCGGCGCCCUCCUAUGGCUCAGGCGGCCUGGCCUUUCCCGCGCAACCCCAGCAGCAGCCGCAGCCGCCACACCACCUGCCCCAGCAGAUCCCCGUGCAGCACCCGCGGCUUCAGGCCCUGAAAGAGGAGCCGCAAACGGUCCCCGAGAUGCCCGGAGAGACGCCGCCCCUGUCCCCCAUCGACAUGGAGUCACAGGAACGGAUCAAGGCGGAGAGGAAGCGCAUGAGGAACCGCAUCGCUGCCUCUAAAUGCCGGAAAAGGAAAUUGGAGAGGAUCGCGCGGCUGGAGGAAAAAGUGAAAACCUUGAAAGCGCAGAACUCGGAGCUGGCGUCCACUGCCAAUAUGCUCAGGGAACAGGUGGCACAGCUAAAACAGAAAGUCAUGAACCACGUUAAUAGUGGGUGCCAGCUCAUGCUAACGCAGCAGUUGCAAACGUUUUGAGGAGAGACAGUCGGGGGUAGAGGGGAAACGGAGA